CAAAGUUCUGUCAUAAAGCCGUACGUUCAGGUUUCUCCUAUAGUUAUGCAACCUCUACAUUCUUUAUGCGCUCAACUGUCACUGAGUUUACAGCUUUUGUUUGCAUUCGAAAUACAACAUAACGUGAGAAAGCCACGCGCACAUUCACAUGCUCACUUAAGACCGGUUAGCUGUACACGGUGCAGCCAUGGCGGAGCACCUUGCUAGCAUCUUCGGUACAGAAAAGGAUCGUGUGAACUGUCCGUUCUAUUUUAAAAUCGGGGCGUGCCGCCAUGGAGAUCGGUGCUCACGUCUACAUAACCGGCCGACCAUUAGUCCAACCAUACUUAUGGCUAACAUGUACCAAAAUCCACUUUUGAAUGCGCCCCUGGGGCCAGAUGGGCUCCCAAUUCGGGUUGACCCCAAAGCCGCUCAAGAGCACUUUGAGGACUUCUACGAGGACGUCUUCGAGGAGCUGGCCGCGCACGGAGAGCUGGAGAACCUAAACGUUUGCGAUAACUUCGCUGACCAUAUGGUCGGCAACGUCUAUGCCAAAUUCCGUGAUGAGGAGGCGGCAGCACGCGCACUGCAGGCCCUUCAGGGCCGCUACUACGACGGGCGGCCCAUCGUCGUUGAGUUCAGCCCAGUCACGGACUUCCGCGAGGCGACCUGCCGGCAGUACGAGGAGAACACCUGCAACCGCGGUGGCUACUGCAACUUCAUGCACUUGAAGCCGAUCAGCAGGGACCUGCGGAAGAAGCUCUUUGGCCGCUACAAGCGCCGCGAGCGCAGCCGGUCGCCACGGCGUGACCGCGAGCGUGAACGGGACCGGGAUCGGGAACGGCGCCGCAGCAGGAGCCGGGACCGGGGGCGGGGUCGCAGUCGCAGCGCAGAGCGGGGAGGCGACCGCCGGCGCGAGUCGUCGGAGGAGCGCAGAGCGAGGAUUGCGGCUUGGAACACGGAAAGGGACGACCGGGGGGGAGGCGGUGGUGGAGGGGGAUACGCCUAUCCGCCACCACCCAGCGGCUACGAAGGCGGCGGGUAUGGUGGUGGUGGAGCCUGGUAAGGAGCGUUUUUACUUUCGGGGUUAGGAGCUUCUGGGUUCAGUUGCUAUGCAUGUGCGACUUGAUGGCAGUGUGCUGGGUUGCUAGGCUUUUGCAUAGGCACACAGGCUCAGUCCCUGGGGACGGGAUUGGAGGACCCUUGGGACACCAGAGCACCCACAGCGGCUCGGUGCCGUGGAAUGGCUUGUUAACGAGCUUCUAAGGUUGUACGGUUUAAGAGUGUGCCGGAAUGGAUUCGAGGUACAGCGGAAUGGGAUGGUAUGAUCACCAACAUGUGGAUAGAGCGGCCCUGCUGGACUGGGGUUUGAGAAUGGGGCAUUCUUUUCCGCUUUUGUAGUUUGGUCGGUGUAUGCUUAGUUGGCUGUUUGAGGUAAGCGUGUUGUUAGGUGGGAGGAGGAAUCACGGCUCUUUUGUGGAGGAUUUGUGGCGUUUAAAGCAGCAAGACGGUGGCAGGGGUAGCCAGCAUAGCAACGCAGUCACGUGGACGAAGGUGAGGUUGCGUUGCUUUCGGAACGGCACAUGCUUUCAAACCAACGCAGAGUCUGGUUGGCUUUGGUUAUGCCCGUACGGUGUUAGGCACUGCACUGCACAGGGCGUUUCUUGGCGGCGAAGCCCGUAUCUGAUUUGGGGAAACACUCCUGGUGUCGUACGUUUCGUCGUUGCAUGCUGCCGCUUUGCAGGGCGGAGGUGCUAAGCUAUUCAUGGGCGUACGCCCCUUGCGUGGCCUCCACGUGCUCCUCAGCCUGUAAAGCAAAAAAAUGGAUAGUGUUGCCUCGUUGUCGGCACCUAACAAUUGCGUACUCAUAGCUGGGCUUUACUGUGCCUGCGCCAAGAACAUGUCUAUAGGCUAUGUUUAGGCCUAUGGUUUAGGCUAUGUUAAAAAAAAAAA